CAUGAACCCCCGGCAUCUCUCCAGGAUGUCCCCCUCUUCCUCCUCCGGCUCCGCGGAUGAUUGGGAGACUCUAGUCGCCAUCUCUGCCCGCUGGAAGUGGUUGCUGUUGGCUACCAGCACUGCUGUGGCCGCUGCUGCAGUCACGACUGCGGCUCCGCUCAGCGCCAGAGCAACUCGCCGGAUUCGUCCGGCUGUGGAUCUCCCGGCGGUCCCAUGGGACACAAACCUCACCCCGGUAAACCUAGAAAACCAUCUCGCUCCCGGAAACGAAGUCAGUGGCGGUCUGUGAGUGGAGGGACACUCUCUUACGCCACUUACACGCUGAAAAUGUGCAUUUAAACAUCGUCGCGCCGAACUCUGAGCCGUUCUGUUGACUGUACAGAAAACGAUGGUGGCCAUCUGAAGGACAAACGGUUUACUCGACGUGUUCGACUAGCGGGUGGAAGCGUCGCAUGCUAACAAACGACUAUAAACAUUAGAAGUUGUGUGAACGUGUGGUCGCUCGCGUCUCAACUAAAGGGGCGUGUCGAAUCGCAGAUGUGAUUGAGGCAUCACGGGGAGUGUGUUUUUUGCUGUGCUUGCGUUCAGCGCUCUACGAACAGUAAAAAGCAGCAGACUUCAACGCCCAGAAUACAUUGCGUCCAAAGUUACGUGUUGCGUCCAAGUGCUCAUGGUUAUAUCUCGUAGCGUUAUUCAGCAUGACAUGCCGUUUUCAUCUUCAUAUUUUAUUAGUUAAUCUUUUAACCACGUCAUCGACUUAACUUCUGAUGAUUUUAUGAGGGUUUGUUGAUGCUUGUGGCUAGUGAAUAAUAAAUUAAAACAAGAUAAUAUAAUAUAAAAUGUGCUCUUAUUUAUGCAAUUCAAAUUAACAUUAGGUAGCAGCAAAAUGCAAUUGAAUAUAAACAAGAAUAGAGAGUGGAACAGAAACAAAGUGACAGUUAAAUAUAGGACAAAUAAGAUAAUAACCUAAUUUAAUAUCAUAUACAAUAAACAGCGUACACAGGUCGUGUAAUUAUGAUAUCCUGAAAUGAUAGAUAGAUAGACAUUUGUUAAUGGUGUCGAAUGGUGUUUGGCGCAUGUUGCCUAUCUGCGCAUGCGCAAUGUAGUAAAGCGUGUUGUCUGUCUCUAUGACGACGGGUUCCUUAAACCUUUUAGUGCUGCAGAGGGACCAGAAGCAGAUUAUGUGCUCAGGUGUUGCUCCGCAUACUGUGUGGACUGUGAGAAACAGUCAUAUGAAGAAACAGUGACCAGAUAAACGUGUCUUCAUGUCUUCUUUUACCGCUUUGACUCAACGCAACCGCUACACAGGAGACAACUGCUGGACAUGAGUGAGGUGGUUUGCACAAAGUCCCAGGAGGAGUAUGAGGAUGACUUUGAGAAGGAUCUGGACUGGUUGAUUGAUGAAGAAGGCCAGAACGGGGGCCAGAGCCCUGAGUACAAUGACACUGAAGUGGACAUUGACAAAGCACUGGAGGAGGAGGAUGAGAAACUGCAAGUAAUCAAACAAAAGGAGAAGCACUACAAAGACGAGAAGAAAGGUAAGAAAAUGGAGGAGUUGGAAGAGGAAGAAGAGAGGUGGCCCCCACCCAUGGAGCCGCUGGAGUACGACUCUGAUAGAGACAGCUCUCCAAGCACUGAUGACCAGACGGAUGAGGAGAAAAAGUACAUCCUGGAGAAGAUCCAGCAGGCGAACCGUGAGCUGCAGGACCAAGAAACUCCAGAUAUAACCAGACGGAGGAGGCUGCAUUUCAAAGAGACACUGGUGGACCUGGUGGUGCCUCCACUGCAGUUUGAGAAGGAUGUAAAUAGUGUUGAGGCAGAGGGAGGAAAGGAGAACAAAGACAGGCUGAUGGACUCGGAGGCAGAGACUGUGUCAGGGAAGCUGUCUGAGCUGAGACUUUCUCCUCAGGAGGGAGACGAUCGAACUGGACAGAGCAGUGACGGUGGGCAGGAGAUGAAGGAGGGCCGAGUCCUUGUAGAAAAAGAUGGGAAGUUUGACCUGGUCAGCUUGAAAGAGUUAGAGAGUCAAGGACUUCUCCCUGCCAUUACAAACAACCACAGUGACCACUCACACUUCUCCCCACUGAGCCUUGUUAAGAUACCCAAUUCCUCCUCCUCCACCCGCUCUUCUGCUGGCUCUUCCACCAUCAAGAGUGUUGACCACCUCCGAACUCCCAGACCUCCAGCACAGCCCAGGAACCGACCCAGCUCAGCCAAUCACAGCCAGAGAGGCAGCCAGAGAAGAGGCAGCCAGCGACGGGUGCACUCGGCCACUGGGACGCCUUACCAGGCCACCUACACCCUCUCUCCUCAGCAGAAGGAGCUGCUGCUCAGGAUCCAGGAGAGGAAGGAGAAGUUGGCCAGAGAGGCAGAGGAGAGGAAACGUGAGGAAGAGGAGCAGAGGAGGCAGGACAACGAGCUGGCAUUCAGAGCCUGGCUGAUGAGGAAAAGAGAGCAGCUUCAAGAGGAGAGAAGGAUCCUCCGAGCUCAGGAGAUGGAGAGGAUCAGUUCUAAGAGAGACUGUGCACACAGUGACUCAGAGGAGGCUUUCAGGCUGUGGCUUCAGAGGAAGCAGGAGCAGCGGCAGAAAGAGCAGCAGCUGCUGGAGCUGAAGAAGCUGGAGGAGGACAGUGGUUUCCUCUUACACAGCCGCCAAGAGAGUGAACGUGCAUUCAAACUUUGGGUGAAACGGAAGCGGGUGGAGAAGCGAGCAGAGCAGCAGGCAGCUCGAGAGCACUCCCGCAGGCUGGUGCUGGAGGAGCGUCGAGCGCGACGCAUGCGGGACCUGCAGUGCACCGUCACUGAAAACAAGCCGUUCAGAUUCGGUGAGCUGCAGGCCCACCACUUCUGAAUCAGAGGCUCAAAACAGGCCUGCUGAAUUCACACAGAACCACCCGACAGUGAAUUUGAUUCUGUGUCAGUGCGACAAAUCUGUUCUUAUAUUCAUUUAACCACAGACUCAGUGUGAGGAACAAGAGACACAUGUUUAUUCUGUGUUCACUUGGUUUUGUUGUAUACUUGCUAUUUCCCUGCUGUGUUAAAAGCACAUUUCUGUCAAUAAGUUUACCAAAGUGACUUCUACUCAGCAUGAACAUACUGAAAAUAAGUCAAUAAAUCCUUAAGGUAACAUAUAGGACAUUGAAUAAAUUACUAUUUGUCUGUAAA